AUGGAAGGUUUUCUGGUGAGCGCAGCAACGGGGGCACUGAAGGCUAUCACUGUGAAGCUGGCAACUUUGCUUGGUGAUGAGUUGAAGAACAUGAAAGACGUGCACAAGGAGAUCAAGUCUCUCUCUGAUGAACUUAAUUGCAUGCAUGCCUUCCUCGAGAAGAUGUCAGAGGAGGAGAAUCCUAACAACCAAGACAAGAUAUGGAUGACAGAUGUGAGGGAGAUGUCAUAUGACAUCGAGGACAGUCUCGAUGACUUUAUGAUUUGUAUUGAUGCUGACAAAUCUGCUAAGAAGAAGAGCCUAAUGAAGAAGUGUACGAAGUUGCUGGAUAAGAUGAAGGCACAUAAACGGAUCUCCAAGGCAAUACAGGAAUUCAAGACACAGAUCAGGGAGGUGAGAGACAGGAAUCACAGAUAUAGGACUGGUGUGACGACCACCAAGGAUUCACAUGAGAUGAUUGAUAUUCGGGCUCAGGCUAUCUUUAAGGAUGCGUCAGAGCUUGUGGCCAUUGAUGAACAAAAGAAUGAGUUGAUCAACUUGUUGAUAGAAGAUGGAUCUUUAUCUCAGCAUCAGGUGAAGGUGGUCGCCAUUGUUGGACUUGGUGUACUAGGGAAGACAACACUUGCGAAUCAAGUGUAUGAGUCACUUAAGGAUAAAUUUGACUGUAAGGCUUUUGUAACAGUAUCACGAACUCCUCACAUGUUGGAAGUGUUGAGAACUAUUCUCCUUGACAUUAGCGGGCAGGAGUACACCGGAGAUAUGCAACAUCUUAUCAGAAAGAUAUCCGAUUUCCUUCAAGAUAAAAGAGCUCCAGAACUACUAAUUUUUAGACUUAGGAGUACCUCAUUGUUGUGGAUGAUUUAUGGGAUUCCGAAUCAUGGAAAACCUGCUCUUAUAAAAAAUAGUUGUGCCAGCAGAAUAAUCACCACCACACGUAAAACUGAAGUAGCUAAAUCUUGCUGCUCUUCACGUCGGGGUCACAUAUAUGAAUUACGUCCUCUUAAUCCCGAGAACUCAAGAAAGUUGUUCCUGAAGAGAAUAUUUGGUUCAGAAGAGGGAUGCCCAUCAGACCUCUCUGAAGUUUGUGAUGACAUCUUGAAAAAAUGUGAUGGUUUGCCUUUGGCAAUUAUAGCAAUAGCUGGCUUGUUGGCAGGGAAAGCACCAACUGUAGAUGAAUGGAACAAAGUUCAAUGUUCAUUUGGUCAUACACUUGAAAGGCACUCGGAUGUCAAUAGAAUGAUACAAAUAUUGUCACUGAGUUAUUUUGACCUUCCUCCCCACCUAAGAAGUUGUCUUCUGUAUCUAAGUAUAUUCCCAGAAGAUUAUGAGAUUGGAAAGGAUCGAUUGAUACUGAGAUGGAUUGCUGAGGGAUUCGUUCAUGAAGAGCAUGGGUUCACCCAAUAUGAGAUUGGGGAUAGGUGUUUCAACGAGCUCAUAAACAGAAGCUUGAUUCAGCCAGUGGAUUCAGUUGUGGUGUUCCCUGGAAGUCUUGAUAGCCUCCCUUCUCUGCAGAAGUUCAAGCAUUUGCGUGUUUUGGAUUUAGAAGACUAUAUAAGGGGUACUCAUAUAAAAGAACUGCCAUCCAGUGUUGGCCGCCUUUCACGGUUGGUCACUCUAUUAUGUGAUCCCAAUGUGCAGCUGCCAGAUGGAUUUGGGAAGAACAUGCAAGCAUUGCAGCAGUUGGUGGGGUCCAUCAGUGUCUGCUGUCAGUCACCUAGCUUUGCACAGGAGCUUCGUCAGUUAAGAAAUCUACGGAUACUAGAGAUAUGGUUUGAUGAUGAGGUUAGCGAAGAUUUGGUGUCAUCUCUGUGUACACUUGGUACAGGAUGCCUAAAUUCUUUGACUAUAAACGCUUGGAAAGUGCCCAUGAAAUUGUUGAUGGAGCCCUGGAGCCCCACUCCCCUCGGCCUCAGGAUACUUAAAAUCCAAUGGAUUUUUGUCCCAAGGGUCCCUAGAUGGAUCGGUUCACUUGAUAACCUUCAGGAUUUGAGAAUCUCUGUUGAGCAACUCGGGAUGGCAGACUUUGGUUUGCUCGGGAGUUUAAACGCUCUUUCCAGCCUCUGUCUCUCAGUAAAGAUCAAAGUUGCUGACAGAUGGUCCUCCUCCCAAGGAACACAACGGAUCAAGAUCAGCGGCACACAUGGAUUCCCAUCCUUGAGAAGGUUCCUAGUCGGUUCAAAAUCAUGUGCAUUUGGGUUAUUGUUCGAAGGUGGAGCCAUGCCAAAGCUACAAGAGUUGUCUCUCUCAUUCAACAGUGACAUAACAGGGUCUCUCACCAAUGGAGUUUGA